UUGUGCGACGUAUUUCAAAGAUAUGAAAAAAUAGUGAGAGGAGUGUUGUUACCACGCCGUGGAGCUUCCCUCUUGCUAUUGCAUAACGACCCAGGGCCUAUGCUCAAAGUCUCAGUCUUGGCUGGUGUAUCUAGGACCCUGAGAGGAGUGGUUACCACGCCGUGGAGCUUCCCUCUUGCUAUCGCAUAA